AUGCAUGUAGUAAUGAUAAUCAAAGCGCAGCGCAAGUCAAAUAACGGCAAAAGUGAAACAAACCGUAACAAUGGGAAAGGAGUUAAAACAUACCUCUAUAAAUUUGAGGAAGCCGUUCUUAUGAUGUACUCUUCCUCGUUAGUUAAUGUAAUUAGGUUGUUAUUUUUAGGCUUGCGACGGAAAACGGUCGAGCAAGCGGGAGGCCCUGGACCGAUUUCUUGGGACGGUAACGAGCGUUUCCAAAAGGAGCUCAGGGUGAUUCACCUGUACUAUUUACACCGAAAGGAGCUUCUUUUCCAAGUCUCUUCGCGCCACUGCGUUGCGCUGUGCCGUUGA